AAAACCCACGUGUUCUGUUCUAUGUUCGGCCAUUUCCAUCGUGGUUCCCUUGUGUGCUGGAUAAGUUGAGGAGAGGUCUGUCAAAUACCUCGUUGUCGUCUACGGAAGUUUCAGAAUCAGUUUUGAGUAAGAGUCUACGUGAGACAUGAACGAUAGCACCUGCUACAAGUGUGGAAAGCCGGGCCAUUUUGCACGCGAGUGCAGAGAAGGCGGUGGUGCAGGCGGUGGUGCAGGCGGUGGUAGAGAUGGUGGAAGAGAUGGCGCAAGACCAUUCGGAGGCGGCCGUGGACGAGGACGGGGCACCACCACCUACAGUCGUGGUGGAGGAGGAGGAGGAGGCGGAGGUGGCAGCUGCUACAACUGCGGUGAGAUUGGCCACAUCUCCCGCGACUGCCCGAAGGGAGGUGGAGGUAGCAAGACGUGCUAUAACUGCGGCGAGUCCGGCCACAUCUCGCGUGAAUGUCCUGAGGAGAGGCAGGAGAGAGGAGGAGGAGGAGGAGGAGGAGGAGGAAAUGCUGGUGGAGGCCCAGAGUGCUACAACUGUGGCAAGCGUGGCCACAUUGCCCGUGAGUGCCCCGACAAGGAGCGUGGUGAUGACCGACGCAAGUGCUACACCUGUGGCGAACCCGGCCACAUCUCACGCGACUGCCCUGAACAACAACAGCAAGAGUAGGUCGCCCACCUAUGAUGUGUAUUCAAGGGCUAGAGGCUGGCUUGUCCCUCUGCUUGCACCAGUGCGGGCGUGUUACUACUUGCUGGGUCGCCAAUCUGAAGCAUGGCGGUUUCUGUUUAGUUUAUAGUUGGGUGUUGGUAAGUGCAGUGUGCUUGUUCACUUUGCUUCAUCCUUUAUCCAAAUAUUUCGUGCCUGCGCUAGUGCAAGAAGAGUUGCUUGCUGCCUGCCCAUCCUUUAAGGGUGCCCUGUCAUUGCAGAUAAAUUUCUCCAAGGUAUGAUGAGCGAUGGUAAAAUUAACGGUGUUACUCUAAUUUGUUUGUGGAAGGGUUUUCUUAUCGGUCUUGUGUGUAGUGCGAGGUAGUAAAUCCAUCCAUCACAUCCUGGAGAAUAAUUGCUAUAUAUGGUAAAACCAUGUGAAACCUUCGGGCAUGGACCACUUUUCGAGUGUAGGGUAAGAAGGAAGGAAUUUAGGGUAAACACAAUGUGAAACUUGUGAUGGUUCGGAAAUUUUUUUUACUUUUCAAAGUGUGAAGAGGGGAGCCGCUGUCCCUUUAUUGGGGCUUGGUUUUGAUUAGAACUUGUUAAAUUUGGUAACGCUGUGUGCGGGCAUUAAGUGGAGUCACAGACGGCUGCAUCUCCUUUUCCCUUCGUGAUGUGGUCCCUCCCCGAUGGUUCACAGUGGCACAGGGUUGACGAUGUCAGUCGCCCUGUUUGAUUAUUGCAGUUUAAUGAGACGGAAACAUAUUAGUGUUAACAAUGUAUUGAGUGUAACGAAGGAAAACGAGGAACUGACAGAUGAAAACGGGAGUUGGUAGCAGAUAAUAAAAAAAGCAAUAGCUGAAAAGUCGAUGACGUUCCUGUGCGAGCAGGAGUUUGGGGUGCAGUUGUUCUGCUGGAGGCAGGUGUCCAGCAG